CCUUUACCAAGGAGUCGCUUGAGCGGCUUGAGAGGAAAACUGUGCAACUGGUGCGCGAGUACGGCUUUCAGCCGAGAAGGAAACUCAGUGUUGAGGAUGGCUCAAGGCUGCCGGCCAAGUUCGAGCCGUUCCCCGCCAAACUCUACGGCAGACCGCUCGAGGAAAUAGACAAUUUCAUUUAUGACGAGACCUUCUGUGUGGUUUCCAAGAGGUUUCGUAAGAAUUACAUCCACCGUUUCACCGCCACCAAUUCGUUCUUCUUCUUCAGUCCGUUUAGUUCAGUUAGGAAAGCGUGUAUAUACCUGUCCACCAACCAGUACUUCGAUUAUUUAGUUAUGGCUACUAUUUUGCUCAACUGCGUCUUCCUUGCCAUGGCGGAAACUAUUGAAGAAGCCGAGUAUAUUUUUUUAGCCAUAUAUACGGCUGAAAUGAUAAUAAAGAGCAUCGCUAAAGGUUUUAUAUUAAAUAAGUACACAUAUCUAAGGAAUCCAUGGAAUUGGUUGGAUUUCGUCGUCAUCACCAGCGGCUACGCCACCAUCGGCAUGGAGGUGGGGAAUCUCGCCGGUUUGCGAACGUUUCGCGUCUUACGAGCCCUCAAGACCAUCUCGAUUCUCCCAGGUUUGAAAACCAUCAUCAAUGCGCUUCUCCAUUCGUUCAAGCAGCUCGCGGAAGUCAUGACGUUAACCAUUUUCUGUUUGAUGGUGUUCGCAUUAUUCGCCUUGCAAGUUUACAAGGGUGAAUUACGCAACAAGUGCGUUCUCAAAAUGGACGAUCACAACGCCACCUACGAAACUUGGUUCAAUUGGACGAGCGACCCUAACAACUGGAUAGUACGCAACGAAACGGGCGAACCCUUGCUCUGUGGUAACGUGACGGGCUCUCGACACUGCCCCUCGACACAUACGUGCAUCUGUGUUGGUGAAAAUCCCAACCAUGGAUACACAAGUUUCGAUAACUUCCUUUGGUCGAUGCUCACCACCUUUCAGCUCAUCACGCUCGACUAUUGGGAGAACGUUUACAAUAUGGUGCUGUCAUCGUGUGGUCCAAUAAGUGUUUCGUUUUUUACAGUGGUAGUUUUUUUCGGUUCGUUUUACCUAAUUAAUCUAAUGUUGGCUGUGGUAGCGCUAAGUUACGAAGAGGAAGCAGAAAUAACGCAAGAGGAACGCAAAAAAGAACUCGUGGAUCACCGCGAAGAUUCCACGUUCAGCUUUGACCCCUCGAGUCUAAACGUAAAAAAACUGUCGAAGCACAAAAUCAAAAAAAUCGACGCGAGGAAAGGCGUCCUUCUGUCGUCAUACACGCGAAAAAAGACUAGACGAAGAAAGCGAAAUCGAAGCACCAACAAUCCCAACAAAUCCCCAAGCAGCUCCGCUGCCGUCGAAGCUGCCAAUGCUAAAGAAGACUCGGCAAAAACUUCGCCCAAGCCUAAUAGGUCCGUCACGCCGAGUCCCAGUCCCAGCCCACGUCAUAGCAGGAGCUCCUCGCGUCCGCAGAUGCUGCCUCUGCCACUGCCCCCUCCCCGCCACGUGCAGCUCUCCGACCCCAGGUGUCCAGACACCUUGCACCCUUCCAACACGCUCGCGCCCACACGAACGGGGCUCAGCAGUAGGCAAGCGAGCAGCAAUAGUGGCGAGGGUAACAACCGGGAGUCCUCGCUGGAUGAUUCCGGCGUGGUGGACGACCACGAAACCGAAGGGGACGCCACGUCGGAGGAUGUGGCUUCACACUUACCGCAGCAGCCGCCACGGCAAAGGAUAGAGGUGACACCUGUUACGGUGGCUCUUAGCCCCAAAGAGAUCAAAGUAAUCAAGUGCAACGGAGUAGGAAGUUGCAAGAAAAAGAAGCAGAUGUACGCCCUUCCGCCGGAUUAUCUAUCACACAUUGUCGUUAUCGACGACCAGAUUCCGGAUCGAAACUGUUCCGGUUGUGAACAGUGCUGUGUGGACUACGAUGGAUGGUUGCAGUUUCAGCAAGCCCUCUAUCGAAUAGUCCGGGACCCACUCUUCGAGCUUGCUAUUACAGUCUGCAUUGUGCUCAAUACCAUGUUCCUAGCCAUGGAGCACCACGGCAUGAGCGACGACGUGCUCAAGGCUCUAGACAUAGGCAAUAAAGUUUUUACUUCCAUUUUUACGUUCGAAUGUUGCCUGAAGCUGAUGGCGCUCAGCAAAGAAUUUUUCUACUGCGGCUGGAACAUCUUUGAUUUAAUUAUAGUUUCGGCGAGCGUUCUAGAUCUGAUAUUCGAACUUGUCGAUGGGUUAUCGGUACUGCGAGGAUUGCGAUUGUUGAGAGUUCUAAAGCUGGCUCAAUCGUGGAUAACUAUGAAAGUGUUGCUCAGCAUCAUAAUUAGCACGAUAGGAGCUUUGGGGAAUCUUACCUUUGUUCUUGUUAUCGUCAUUUAUAUUUUUGCCGUAAUAGGAAUGCAACUUUUCGCCAAAGACUACACUCCCGAGAAGUUCUAUCCCGACCCCGUUCCUAGAUGGAAUUUCACUGAUUUUUUUCAUUCGUUCAUGAUGAUUUUUCGGAUCCUUUGCGGCGAAUGGAUCGAACCUUUGUGGGAUUGCAUGCGCGCGGAGAGUACCGAGGGACCUGGCACGUGCCUCGCUGUUUUCCUUCCUACUCUAGUAAUGGGAAACUUCAUGGUCUUGAACUUGUUCUUGGCUUUGUUACUCAACAGUUUCAAUUCCGAAGAGCUCAAAACGCGAAAAGAGGAAGUUGGAGAUGAGUCGAAAUUAGCUCAGAGCUUUGAACGGAUCCGGGACUUGAUCAGGAAGCGGCGACAGCAACGAAUGCAAGAACAAAAACAAAACGAAAACAAUUCACGACUGGAGCAGAUUGUCCGGGAAGUCAUGCAAAGGCGAGCUGAGGAAGAAGCGUUCAAAACAGGAAUAACAACUAAAGCUAUACAGGAAACUGUGGUUGGAUUUCCUAGGGACAAACGCAGUUACCAAGAAGCGAUGAAUAGGCCGAUCUCAAUCAUAAGUUAUGAUCAUCCACCGGACUAUCAGACAAUACAAGAAGGAGAGAAUGAGGAAAAGUAUGCGAGGAGAUAUUCGACAUUGAUUAACGGUAACUCAGAAGAGAGUGAUAAUGCGGAGAAGGCACGACUUAUCGAAAACAAAAAGACUGACGUUAGAUUACUCCAGAACAUGUCUUCGGGCAGAGGAACCACGAAUGAUAGUAAAGAAGAAAAUACCGAAAGUGUAGAGAUGAAAAACAUCGACAGGGGAACAUCCGUCGACACGGAACACGACGAAGAGUCCGCUUUAUGUCCGGAUUCCCAUAAAAAUUGCAACAAGAGGGGCGAGCACGAAGAUGACAGUCAGAAGCCGUGGCAAACUUUAGUGUCCUACGUAGACGAGUUAACCGUUGGUGGCCGAAGAAACUCCAAAGGGCAAUACAUUGACGGAAUGGGAAACUUUCCCGGUUUCGGUAACAAGAAACCGCCUAAAGUACCACCAAACUGUUUUCCCCAUCAUUGUUACCAACAGUGCGCUUGUUUCAAUUACUGCUUGAACACUAGUGUUGGUAAAAAGUGGACAAAGAUAAGGACAAUGGUUUUACGAGUUGUUGACACUCCCGGAUUCGAGUGGUUUAUUUUGGUGUUGAUUUUCGCGUCUAGUGUGACACUGUGCUUUGAGGAUAUUCAUUUGGAUGAAAGUCCGGACUUGAAAAGCGUUCUCUAUUGGACGAACUUAGCGUUUUCGAUUAUUUUUAUUAUCGAGAUGUUGUUAAAAUGGAUCGCGCUGGGGUUCCACAAGUAUUUUACCAGCUUUUGGACUUUGUUAGACUUUUUAAUAGUUUUCGUCUCCCUCUUCAGUUUACUGAUUGAGGAAAACGAAAACUUGCGAGUUUUACGUUCAUUACGAACAUUAAGAGCCUUACGACCGUUACGUGCCAUUAGCCGGUGGCAAGGGAUGAGAAUCGUGGUCAACGCUUUAAUGUACGCAAUCCCUAGCAUCUUCAACGUGUUGUUAGUGUGUCUAGUAUUUUGGUUGAUUUUUUCCAUCAUGGGUGUACAGUUUUUCCGUGGAAAAUUCUACAAAUGUCUUGACGAAAACGACGAAUUAGUGCCCAUAGAAAUUGUUAACACUCGCCAGGAUUGUUUAACUCUCAACUACACUUGGAUCAAUUCCAAGAUAUCUUUCGAUCACGUUGGAAUCGCCUAUCUUGCACUGUUCCAAGUGGCUACGUUUGAGGGUUGGAUGGAAGUAAUGGCCGACGCGGUAGACGCCCGAGGGGUUGAUUUGCAACCCCAACGGGAGGCUAACCUUUACGCUUACAUUUACUUCGUUAUUUUUAUAGUCUGUGGUUCUUUUUUUACUUUAAAUUUGUUUAUCGGAGUCAUCAUCGAUAAUUUCAACAUGUUGAAAAAAAAGUACGAAGGUGGUGUGCUAGAGAUGUUCCUCACCGAAAGCCAAAAGCACUAUUACACCGCCAUGAAAAAGCUCGGGAGGAAAAAACCCCAAAAGGUCAUUAAAAGACCAAUGAACCAAUUUCUGGCAAUGUUUUAUGACCUGUCGAACUCGCGCAGAUUCGAAAUAGCAAUAUUCGUGUUGAUUUUUCUUAAUAUGUUAUCGAUGGGGAUCGAACAUUACAAUCAGCCCCAUGCUGUGUUCUUCAUUUUAGAAGUUAGUAACGCGUUUUUCACUACAGUAUUCGGUUUAGAGGCUAUCGUCAAGAUAAUAGGACUAAGGUAUCACUACUUCACGGUUCCGUGGAAUGUGUUCGACUUUUUACUAGUAUUGGCUUCCAUUCUCGGCAUUUUAAUGGAAGACAUCAUGAUUGAUUUUCCCGUGUCGCCGACUUUACUACGGGUGGUCAGGGUGUUUAGGAUAGGACGCAUUUUGCGCUUAAUAAAAGCGGCCAAAGGCAUCCGAAAGUUGCUUUUUGCCCUCAUUGUGUCUUUGCCUGCCCUUUUCAACAUAGGGGCUCUUCUAGCCUUAAUCACCUUCAUUUAUGCUAUAAUCGGAAUGUUCCUCUUCGGUCACGUAAAGCAACAAGGUGCUCUCGACGACAUGGUCAACUUCCAAACUUUCGGAAGAUCGAUGCAUUUGCUCUUCAGACUGAUAACUUCAGCUGGAUGGAACGACGUUUUAGAAUCGUUAAUGAUCGAACCUCCAGAAUGCGAUCCACAUUAUAAGAAUCAGUCAAACGGCGACUGCGGAUAUCCUCUUCUAUCUAUCAUCUACUUUACCAGUUUCAUCAUAAUAAAUUACAUGAUAGUGAUAAAUAUGUAUAUAGCUAUCAUUUUGGAGAACUUCAAUCAGGCUCAUCAGGAAGAAGAGAUCGGGAUCGUCGAGGAUGAUCUCGAAAUGUUCUAUAUCCGGUGGAGCAAAUACGAUCCUCAUGCCACUCAGUUUAUUCGAUUCUCUCAACUUUCCGAUUUCAUCGCUUCUUUAGAUCCUCCUUUAGGCAUCUCGAAACCUAAUACCGUUGCUUUAGUGAGCUUCAAUCUGCCCAUCGCUAAGGGCAAUAAAAUCCAUUGUUUAGAUAUUCUACACGCGUUAGUUAAACACGUGCUCGGUCACGUGGAAGAGACUGAUAACUUUAGACAGUUACAAGAACAAAUGGAUAUCAAAUUCAAGAAACAGUUUCCGACGCGAAAAGAGCUGGAAAUUGUUUCCUCGACUCGGAUUUGGAAACGGCAAGAUAAGGCCGCUAGGUUGAUCCAGAAAACCUUCCGAGACUACGUAAAGCGCAAGAAAGAGCGCGAACGUGUGCAGGAAGAGGUGGACGAGAUGACGCAGACUUCGUCCCCUGGAGGCGGGUGGCAGGGGCGUCUGUCCGCUUUCCUGCAUGUGCAUCGAGGGAGUCGCGCCUCUUCUCGCAAGUCCUCUAGGGCCUCUGACGCGAGCGACCUCAGCGAGCUAGGCGGACCGUGGCUGAAUUUGCCGCUGCUGUUGCUCUCAAGCGCCACCAACAUGGACCCAGAGGAGCUGGAUUUGACGCGCGACGCCGCCGAUGUAAACAUAAAGGUAAGCGAGGCCACCCCCGAGGCCACGACGCCGGUGACCGCGGUGCCACCGGCGCGCCGCCGAAGCAUCUACAAUUUCCCGUUCUUCCUACGUCAUCAAGACGCGGUGGAAAAGUCGGACGACUCGGCCUCGCCGCCAACGUCUAAGCGCUCGACGCAGUCACUUCACCCGGCGAUGGCCGAGGACCCUAAGCCAAAGCGGGGCAGCAUCAUUCGAAGAAAACGGGUAGGUUCGGUCAAGGCCAGACCGACGGGGGGCGGCAUCACGCCCGCCCACAGGGCCGAAUCCGAACCACUUAACAGUGCGGACGUUAGUAUUUUAGUGACGGAAGCCUCGCCAGAAGCACCCAUCCUUAAGCCUCCUCUGCAACGACAACAGAGCGAGGCCACCGUUGUUCAAGUGUUAGUUCAUAGGGAAAGUGAGGAGUACAAUCAGGACGAUGACGAAGCCACACCCACAAUUAAAGUCACUAACGAGGACGUUUGUGAUACCGACUUGACACAGGUGACGGACACUGACGCGAAUAACCAAAACGGUAACACCACAGAUAGCUGAUCUGAACCCGCACACACCGAACUAUUGCAAUAAUUAUUAAUUGUAGAUUAGGAAGUGUAGGAACAGGCGUCGUUUCGACCAAAUACAUCCCUGGUUUGUGAAAACCAACAUUUCACAAGUAGUACGAACACAAUUUAUUUUCGGCAAAAUAAUCUGCUUAGGGCAGUUGUAAUUUUUACAACGGAACACCAGCAUGAUUUUUUAGAAGCUAGUAGUAGCUUUGGCAUAUUUAUAAAUUUCUAGAUCAUGCAAUGCCUGCAAUUGUCCCAAAACCAAAAGAACUCAUAUUUUUGGCACUCUGAUCUCUGAUUGUUGUAAAAUAAUAAUCACCACAAGUUUAACAAAACUUAUCAUAAUAAGUAUGCAAUAAGAACUCAUUUCAAGCAGAUAAAUACUUAUGCUAAUAUAAAAUAGUAUAAAAAUAAAGUUAUUAAAAGGUGGUGGUCAACUUUCAACUACAGAUGUAUAUCACUAGAAAAAAAAAAAGAAUGAAAACCUCACUAAUAACCAAUUAUAUCACAAAUGAAGUUCUUUUGAUUUCUGGACUCUAAAUGGUAGAUUAUCAAAAUUGUUUUUUUAUUCAUUAAAUUACAGGUUUGCUUAGUGCUUUUCUUCAAUUUUAAAAUAAAUUAUCACAUUUCAAAAUAACUACGACGCCUGGUCCUGUCCACAAUUUUUUUAUUUUGUAUAAUUAGGAAUUACUUUUUUAAGGUUAUUGUAAAAAGAAAAAUGAUAAAGCGAAUUAAUUCUAAUUCAGAUGCUUUGGGCAUAUUGUACAUAAAACAUGAAAACAAGAAAAAAUAUGAAUUUUUGAAACAUGUAGAUAUAGAUCAUUAUGAAAUGAGUGAGUUUAUAAUCUUUUGAAUCUGAAGUUUGUAUAGUUAAGAGAAUUAAUCAAUAACUUAACGUACAGGUUAUUAUUAAGUCAAUUAAACUCUAAACUAUGACUAUAUCUCUACAAAAAGAGACAUCGUACAAUCAGUAGCAAAAAUAAUAUGUAGCGUUUAAGGAUAAUAAAUAAUUUAGCAUGACAUAUUUUUGUUGGCGUUAUUUUAAUAGUCAUAAAAGAUGUGUAAAUAUAUGUUGACAAUAUAACUGUACAUUACUCAAAGGCCUACACAAAAAGACUACAGUUUUUGUACGCUUUUUCGUCCUCCAUUUAACCUCUGUUCGUUUUCUCUCUCACCAUCAUCGUAACAUAUCACUUAUCAACUAUUUUUCUGUACAUAGCAGCUUAAAUGGAGGUACGAAAAUGCAACCAACACGAUUGUUACCACAUUUAAAAUAAGAUAUUUAUUGCGCUAUUAUCAGUUGAUUAGAAACACUCAGAGCCAAAAUUUUCAGAUCCUGUACUUUUAGUUGGAAAUGAAACUUGUUCUUCCUAACAUUCUUCUUUAACAUAUGUCCAAAAUUUAGUUUUUGUUCGCUUGUUGACAAAAUUAAAGCUAAUCAGGGGGCCAGACGUGUGCAUUGAAACAGUAGUGUACAUAAAACUGAUCAUGUAGAGAACAACUUUACUUUAUUGCUUGAAAAUAAAAUUAUAACUUGUUUAUAUGAAAAAUUUCUUCUUCCUUACUACAUGCUAAAAAAGGUUUUAUUCAUUGUGAUAUUGUGUAUCAAAGACGGGUCCCAACGGAAGGAUCAACCUCCUCCCGUCAGGACUUUCAUAAAUUGUUACAAACGUAUUGUUGCAUUUUAUGAGGCAGGUUUGAAUAAAGUUUAUUGCCAAAAUAUUUAAUAAAUGUAUAUAAUCGCCAAAGUUAUGGGGCCGCGUGCCUGAAACUGCGUUUCGACACGCAGCUUUUGCUGUUUUGUUAGCUAUUUAUAUUGCUAGUGAUAACGUUUACCUAGAUUGCCUUCAUCAGAUAUUUUAAAUAUCAUUGUUAAUUUUAAUAUAGUAGCAGAAACACUAGAGUAGACUUGUGUACAAAUCUUUAAAUUGUCAAAGUUAUAGCUUUUAAAUUAAAAAUAAAACCAAAUU